CCCUUUCUCAAUUUGGGAGCAGGCCCUCUGUCCAUCCCUCUGACUCCUGGCACGUGGAGCAUCAGACAAAGGCAAGAAGAGAAACCCUGGCCUUAAAAUUCCAAAAGAAGCGUUUGAGCAGCCUCAGACCAGUUCCACGCCACCUCGAGACUUAGACUCCAAAGCUUGCAUUUCUAUCGGAAAUCAGAACUUUGAGGUGAAGGCGGAUGACUUGGAGCCGAUAGUGGAACUGGGGCGAGGAGCUUACGGGGUGGUGGAGAAGAUGCGCCACGUGCCCAGUGGGCAGAUCAUGGCGGUGAAGCGGAUCCGAGCCACAGUCAAUAGCCAGGAGCAGAAACGGCUACUGAUGGAUCUGGAUAUUUCCAUGAGGACCGUGGACUGUCCUUUCACCGUCACCUUUUAUGGCGCCCUCUUCCGGGAGGGUGAUGUCUGGAUCUGCAUGGAGCUCAUGGACACAUCACUAGAUAAAUUCUACAAACAAGUGAUUGAUAAAGGCCAAACAAUUCCAGAGGACAUCUUAGGAAAAAUAGCAGUUUCUAUUGUAAAAGCAUUAGAACAUUUACACAGUAAGCUUUCUGUCAUUCAUCGAGACGUCAAACCUUCUAACGUACUGAUCAACGCUUUGGGCCAAGUGAAGAUGUGUGAUUUUGGAAUCAGUGGCUACCUGGUGGACUCUGUGGCUAAAACGAUCGACGCGGGGUGCAAGCCGUACAUGGCCCCUGAAAGAAUAAACCCAGAACUCAACCAGAAGGGUUACAGUGUGAAGUCUGACAUCUGGAGCCUGGGCAUCACCAUGAUUGAGUUGGCCAUUCUUCGGUUUCCUUAUGAUUCUUGGGGCACUCCUUUUCAGCAGCUCAAACAGGUGGUGGAGGAGCCAUCGCCCCAACUACCAGCAGACAAGUUCUCGGAAGAGUUUGUUGACUUUACCUCAAAGUGCUUGAAGAAGAAUUCCAAAGAACGGCCAACAUACCCAGAACUUAUGCAACAUCAAUUUUUCACCCUUCACGAAUCCAAAGCAACAGAUGUGGCAUCUUUUGUAAAACUGAUUCUUGGAGACUAAACUCAGUGGACUCAAUCGGUUGACCCUCCUGUGAACUGGGACACAAAACCUGAAUUCCAGAGCCUUCAAAAUGAAAUUACCCUUCUGGGGGAGCACAUUGCUACCAGAUACAUCACUCACCACCUGUGUCUACAAAGAAGAUGUGUCAUUUUUCUGAGGUUUAGAGAGUCACUGUUUACAGCUGUGCAGGGGCAUACUUCCAGAGCAGGAGUGUUUGGAAUCAAGACUCAAGUUGAGGUUUAUCUUUUUAAUUCCUGAUCCUGAUUCUCUUUUUUUUUUUUUUCAAGCAAAUUUCUCUCAGAGUCUUUCUCCUAUCUGAGGUGAAGAGAAUUUGGGCCCAAGUGGAAACAUAAAGCAAGAUCAAGACUUUGUGGUAGGGAUUUUUUUUUUUUUGUAAGAAAUCAAUUACCACCUGUCACACAAAUGUGUUAAUAGAGUUUAAAACUAUCCAACUUGGUUGCCUGGGACUUUCCAUAUCUUGGUAUUACUUGUAUUGGCAUCUGACCUAGGACAUUGAACUUUUCAUUCUUAGGAGUUUACCUUUUGAUUGUCAGGAGCUUUGCAUUAUGUUUCUUUCUCAGAGUUGUCAGUUGCAACAGAUUUCUUUGGAGGAAGUUACUCUUAACCUGCAUGGGCUUUCCCCAGGUGAUAGAUACUUUUGCAUUUGUGAGAUUUAGGGUUUUUUCUUAAGAGUGAAGCUAGUGGCCUUUAGACUUGGAGAUUGAGCUUGAGUAAUGCAGGGGAAAGUCGUGGCACUUGGGCACUUUCAUGUGGAAAACCAGACAACCUAAGUGAUCCCUUGAGUUUGUGUCUUUAACUAGGACUUCCUUGAUUGCAUCUGCUUGUUUUUAUUCUUCUGCCCAUCAAAGAUGAAACAAGCUAACUUAAAACUCUUGAUUAAAUGAAAGGAAUGGUUCUAACCAUUUUCAACAACAAAAGAUCUGGGUCAGCAAUUCUGCAUUAGUCUGCCUCAAUGGACUGUUGUUCUCAAGUCUCAAAGAUGUAAGGGAGAUAAUCUAAAAGAACUUUUACCAAACCUCAUCCAAAAUAUAGGAUCUUGUAAUAAGAACUUCCAUUUGGUCUUUCAGAAAGAGCAGCUGGGUUAAGCAUCUGUUCCCCUAAGUCAUCUUGUGGUAGAAAUGAGCAGUUGGCAUCCUUUGUAUUGAAGACAUCAAGCUAUUUCAGCAUAGCGAGUCAGGGCACUCACUGGCUUUGGGGAAAACCAUUGGACUUUGGAUCUUAAGGCUAAACAGGGAUGCGAGGUAGUGUUUGGGAGCUGGGAGAUUUGAUAAAUGCAACAAAUAGUAUUAAACCAGGAACCCCACAGAAGAGCGGGCUGAUAAAAGGAGGUGGCAGAAGGUGUAUCCGAAGACUUAUUUUCAGUGUUACUAUAAGGAUGAUCUCCUGGAGAAAACCCACCUAAAAACAUUUAUAAUUUUUGUCCCUUAAAAAUAUUGAACAUAAGAAGAUUCAGCAUAUGGCACUGACUGAUUUCUGAACAUUUUCUCUAGUUUCCCUUGUAAUGUUGACUCUAUAUCAUUUUACAACAGUGUUAACCCAGAAAAAAAGGCAAAUUAUUAGAAUGGUGUUCAAAAACUUUGAGGAAUAUGCACCCCAUCCAUCAGCUACCUUCUGGGUAAAGAAAAAUGAAAGUUUGCAACAAAAUGAAGCUUUAAUUGUUAGUCCUGGAGACAGACAUUGUUAAGAAAGGUGGACACCAAAAGUGAUCUGAUGAGAAUUAUUUUUCCACAAUGCGGAGAACUGUGAAUCUUCUUAGAAAUACACUACAGGUCUUCACUGAAGAGCUAGGAUUUAUAAUUUUAAACCAUGACACUCAAAAUUAGUUUGAAUUUUCAGAAGCAAUGAAUUGUGUGGAAGACAAUUUCUGAUUUCAAGGUGUGUAUCUCAAUGUGUCCAGAAUGUGGGAAGCUGAGAGUCAGAUGCACAGAGUGGAUCUCACACUAUGUUUAGUGGUACCCCUGGAGGGUUUCUUGUUAAUAAGAGAAGGGGAAGAGAGUGCAGUGAAAGGUUUACCUUGCCCAUUUGAAACCCCCAUCACCCUCCAAUCAGCAUAUUUGGCUACCAGUGAAUCUGUGGCUUUAAUUAAAGGCUUCAGAAUUUAAAUGAUAGUGAAAGGGCCUCAAAACAGCCCAAGAUCCUGAGGAAUUUUGUAGCCAGUGUUGCCUGUGAGUCCCUGAGUUGUGCUAUGUUGAACAUACUCAUGGGGUUUGAAGGCUGAAAAACAAGAAGAGAAGACCAUUUGUUUUUACGUUUAUGCAUGAAUCAUUUGAAAGAAAGUGUGGACGUCAAUAUAGGAAGACCAUGCAUCUAGAUUUUUAAGUUGGUUAUUUUUCUAACUCGGUUGAGGAGGAGGACUGAGGAGUAGGGAGGAGUGGUGUGAUCAGGCUCUUGGUAGCCAGCAGAAUUACUAAAUUUCUGCAUUGAAAAGCAGACAUCAAAAUUUUUGUUUCAUGACUGCUAGGAAAAAGUAAUCCUCAGCAUACGUUUGGCACAGAAAAGGCUAUCGUCUGAGACCCAAGCUAACUGAGUCACCUUUACUGGAUUUUGCAAAAGGUAUAGGUGGUGGACAGUAAUGAGAACCUGCUGUAGUCUUUAGAAGCCACAAGCCACAAUGGUGGAUCUAUGAUGAAUAGAAGACAAGGAGCUUCUUGGAUAUCAAUGGAAUCAUAUCAGGUGCCUUGUACACACAUCUCUGGGGUGUGUGAUGAAUUCUGAGAAUUUAAUGGGGUGGGAGAAGCUGUCAGAGCAGCCAUGUUAGAACGUUCUAGGUGUCAAACAGUUGUAAGUGGAAACGGUUUGUAGAGUUCUUGGCCAAUCUCUGUGUAUAAGCUACUGAGAUGUUUAAUUAAGGAAAUCCAGGCAAUUUCUCUCUUAUACUAUCUCUGUUUUAUUCUUUCCUCUCAAAUUUAUUUGCCAAGUGGAGUGAUUUUUCUCUAUGAACUGAAAUGAUGAAAUGAUGUUUUAAUAAAGUAACAGCCAUUUUUAGAGGAAAAGAUGCUUUCUUUACAUAAUUAACCUACUCAAUUGGAACACAUUUCUAAUUUCCCUUCCAUUUGGUCAUUUAAAGUGGAAAGAGACAUUUGGUAUAUCACUCAAGUCUCUUAUUAAACACACAGACCAUUUUUCUAUGUAAUUUGUGAAAAUCUCUCUGAGACACAAGAUGUAACUUCUAUACGGAAUUGAACUGUCCAAGCUUUUUAGUAAAAUCAGUGGGUUUUCCCAGCUUCUUUUGUGCUUUAGUUAUACUGCUGAAAUGCUGCUCCUUAGUUAAUCUGACCUUUGUGAGGAAGAAAAACAUUUCCCUUACAUUGUGUGAAUUUUAUGAUAGGCCUUUUUAUUUGUGUAUAUGAUUGCUAUUUUCCUAUGUUGCACCCCCAAAAUCUGCUUUUAAGCCAUGUUUAUUGUAAAGUGAGCUGUCGGGCAAUUGAAACAUGACUGGUCCUUGCAAUCCCUUGAUGCUAGAGUAAAGUCAUUCCAUGUGCUAGCUAGGAGACCCUACUAUUUCUUCCUGGUAGCCAAAAUAUUCUGAAAGGAGAUCAGAGAGGUGGUAUGCACCUACUCUUUGAAGCCAACACUGCCUCUUUGGAGAAUUUGAAAUGGAAGAAUGAAUUCCAUUUUGUGAAUUUUCUCUUUGCCCAAUUCCAUCAUUGGCCCUGGAUGGCACACUGUGCUGCUAGCUUUCCCUGGUGGAAAUCAUCUCUUCUUCAUGGACUGCAAUUUUUUUCUUUUUUUAAAUGAAUGAGGCAGGCUGACCUGUAGUGUAUGGAAUUCAUUAGAAGUCCAUAAAAUAAAGACCUCUAAAGCACAUGGGUAGAAUGUUUCCAUGCCUUUGAGGUGAAUGUUAAAUCCAAGCUCUGGCCCUGGGAACUUUUUGUUUGUAGCUGCAGAAUGAAAGAAGUAGAUGGGGCAAGUACUUUGCUCUGUGUUUCCUUGGGUGGAAAUGUGUGGGCCACCUUGUUUUCUUAAGGGAAAAACAUAUCUCGUCAUUGAAUGGGGGAAGGGGAAUUUGAAUAUAGAGUAAUAACAGCAAGCAGAUUCCAGGAUUAGAUUUCCAAUGACAUGCUUUAUAGGAAGGGCAGCCUCUGGUGGGCUUUGGGGGACCCACAUACAUUUUGGUUUAGGCUUCCUUGCUAUCUAAGUGCUUUAUUUUUCUUUUGGACUACUGCUUACUGUAAUUGGUGAUAUUAUUUCAGAAUCCCGAAUCCAUGGAGGUAGCUAGGGAGAAGACUUGGAGUAGGUGCAAGGAUUGGUUGAUGUAGGUAAGUUUGACAAUGUUCUCAGAUAGAUACUCAGUUGAAGAGUAACAUGACUUUGUUGGAGAACCCACCUCUCCUAGGGCCUCAUAUUUAAGAUAUUCAGCUUUCAUGCAAGUGCCAGUUCAUACUGAAUAGCAUAGAGGAUUGGCCUCUACCAGUCAAUAAACAAAGAAUUAUAAUAAUUGCCAAAGGUGGAGGAUGAACGUUUCAAUCACAGUAUCUUGUCAAAAGCCUAAUCUUCUAAUCUCCCUCUUCUUUUCUGAUGGAAGAGCCUAGUACAGUGAGAGUGAGGUUCUGAGAACAGUUCUUUGAAUCUGUGUUUUUUUUGACCCAGGAAAUCGCUGGGAGGUUGAACUGGGUGGUUGAGACACAACCCCUGGGGUGACCACUCAUGUCCCCUUUUGCCACUGCAAAAGGAAAAUGAAAUUGAGGGAUUCAUCCAACUUGGACUCCUCUUUUCAUGAGGAGCUGAUGCUUUGAUUUCCUAUCUCAGGAUAUUCUUCAGUUUCAAACUGCUGCUGAGGAAGUGCAAACUGCAGACACUGUAAUGAUUGGUCUCUGAAUAACUGUGCACAUGUAUGUGAAACUCCACAGUGUGUGUGUCGCGUUCCAUGUUGUGUCGAUCUAUGAACUGACUCAAACAACAAUUUGAAGGUAGAGAAGACAGUGAUCAUGGCAAAUGACACCCAACCACCUCUUUCUGUCAAUGUGCUAGCUAUGAUCUUCACAGCCAGGACAAAUAAUUUAAGUAUUCAGGAGUUACGUGUCCUUGAAAGAAAUGGUGUGUUGAUCUCAUGAGAAAAUGUACAACCAA